CCUUACAACAUAUAUAUACCUCUUCUGUUCCUUAUCAGGUUUAUCUGGCCUAAUGCUAUAGACCCCCAACAAACCACAGAGACAGAACAACAUCAAACAUGGAGCUCAGCUUAGAUUCUUCCAACGUUGUCUUCGUCCCCAAGACCAUCUCCGACUUUCUCUCACAUCUCUCAGCCGUUAAAGACGGCGCCACCAGGUCGUCAAAGCUCCAUGAAUACAUGAAGAGACUCGAAGAUGAAAUGAGCAAGAUCGAGGUUUUCAAGCGGGAGCUUCCUCUUUGUAUGGUCAUAUUGAAAGAUGCGAUUGAGAGAUUGAAAGAGGAAGUAAUGCAGUGUGAGGGAGUGGGAUAUCGGGCUGUUGUGAUUGAAGAGUUCGUACCGAUGAAGAAGAAGGAGGAUGAGAAUGGAGGGGUGGUUUCGGAAAUGGAGAAUAAUGAUAUGAAGAGCUGGAUGAGCUCUGCUCAGCUCUGGAGCACUAAUAUUAACUUUGAUUAUAGCAAAUCAGAGCUCAAAGUGAGAAAUGGGGAAGAUGAUCGGUCAGUGCCUGAGAAUCCGAUUGAGAUGAGUAAGAAGAGAAGCAGGGGAGGGGCAUUUGUGCCAUUCAAGGGAAGCUACGUGAAGGAAGAUAAGGAGGUUUCAGAGGUGUCAAGCCUUUCUCUGAUGACUCCAAUGUGUGAAGUUAAGAAUGGAUCCUCUAAGAGCAUCACUAGAGGAGGGUCUGGUCCAUGUUUGGUGAAAUUGCAGAUUGAGGCUCAGCAGCUGUCACAGCAUCACCAGCAACAAUAUUUUAGGAAACAAAGGCGAUGCUGGUCACCGGAGCUUCAUCACCGAUUUGUUGAUGCGCUACAGCAGCUUGGGGGAUCACAAGUAGCUACUCCUAAACAGAUAAGAGAGCUUAUGCAGGUGGAUGGUCUUACCAAUGAUGAAGUGAAAAGCCAUCUGCAGAAAUAUAGACUUCAUGUCCGAAAGGUACCCACUUCCUCUCCUGCUGAAGCCAAUGGUUUAUGGAUGAACCAAGAUCACUGUGAAGACAACUCCAAGGCAAAUGCUUCACAGUCUGGUUCUCCACAGGGUCCCCUCCUUGGUAUGGAGUUUGCCAAAGGUGGUCAAUCUACAACCGGAGGCGAGAGCACAGAAACAGAAGAAGAUGAUCAGAAGUCAGAUGGCUACAGUUGGAAAGGGGCACGCCACAACUCCAGUGGAGAUGUAUAGUCGUAUACAAGUCUCCUCUGAAUUUUGCAGAUACAAAUAUAUACAUGGGGAUAAUAUCAUAUUCUCUGAUCUGUUGAGCGUAGUUAUAAUAAGCGGUGUUUAACAAAGAGAGAGGAACUUGAAGCUCAGGGUUUUCCAAGGAGGCACUAGCUACUUUAAUUAUAGAAAGACGUGACAAAAACUAGCCAUUGUUAUGCAGAAGCUUCUUCCCUCUUCUUCUUUUAUACAGGUUUAUGUAAUGACCACUUAUAACCUAUUGAUUGUAGGAAGUAACAUGACUGUAUCCCAACUUAAUAAUCACUUCU